AUGGCUAUCGGUGAGUCGGAUAGGCCUUUUGACAGCUCCAGUGCCUGGAGAGAGUCUAUCGAUUCCGACUCUCCAGGCAAGGAGAAACAGCGUGAAGGCGAACCGUCAGGACCUCGUGGUGGUACUGGCGUCGGAGCCUCGUCCAGAGACCCCAGGUAUAAUAAGCGCAGGGGUUUUUGGCCUCGUAUCCUGAAGCAUUUCAAGCGGUACUGGCUGUGUUACGGCCUCCUGGGUUUCAUAUUCCUGGCAAUCUUCUUGCCCGUGUUUUUCCUAGUAAUCAUACCAGCUAUUGCGCAGAGGCUGGUCAAUGAUGCUAGCAUACCAAUUCACUCUGCAGCCAUCAUGCGACCAACCCCUGAUGGCUUAACAUUUUCGCUGUCGGCAUCUCUGAAUGUUCCUCUCGGGCUGAGUGUGCGGAUAGAUCCACUCAACUUGAGUCUAUUCAAUCGAGACGUGAAGCCGAGAAAGCCAUACGUGUCGGCCCCGCUCGAUGGACUUCGCCUGAAAGGCAAAUCAGACAUCAGCAUUGUCAACCAGACGACUGAGAUCCUGGACGAGGAACAGUUCACUACGUUUUUGGCCAAUGCGGUUUAUUCUAAGAGAUUUAUCUUAUCGGCCUACGGCAAGACAACAGCCCACCUGGGAAAGAUCAAAGUUCCCCUCACACUGGAUAAAGAUAUAGAAUUAGAUGGACUUGAUAUGUUGAACGGUUUCUCUAUUGAUGCUGCCAGACUGGCCCUUCCACCAGAGGACGACGGUUCCAACCUGCUCGGGCAAGCAACACUGCCAAAUUACUCUGUCGUGACAUUUGCUCUGGGGAAUGUCACCCUAGAUCUUAAGGUCGAUGACCUGAUUCUAGGAAACGGGACUAUCAGCAACGUGCUGCUGAAGCCUGGAAACAACUCAGUUCCCUUGCGUGGGGUGGUGGACAUCCCAAAUGCGAUUAGAAAUAUCGGGCCCAUCUUGGCCGCAGAGACAGAGGCCUUGAGCCGGGGAGAUGUGAUGAUCUCGGCAUCCGGGCAUUCGACGGUCUACGAAGGGGAGCAUAUACCAUACUUUGAAAAGGUAUUGAAUAACCUGACCAUCAGCGCGAACGUUCCCAUUCUCAAGGUGCUGUUUGGUUCCAUCUCCGGAUUGGUGUCGUCGAACCCCGACGUGAUGCAGAAUGUGACCAACGCGUUGCGGCAGACGGACCUGACGUCCAGCCCGAAUAUGUGA